AUGACGUGGAUCUCCCGCUCCGUCACUGCCGUUGGACUUCUGUUGCUAAGCCAUGCUUGUUACUCUGCACAAGAACACUCGACGCUCCAGUCCUUCGGCGCCACAUCAUCUCUGUCCGCGACAAAUCCAGGCACCUCGCUUCCCGCCGAUAUUGUCAUCGAGACAAUCGUCGCUACUCUUCUGGUGUGCCUGGGCAUCAUCACGGGCGCCUCCAAUUUCCGACCGAUUCAGUGGCGCGUGUGGGCAGGCAAGAUUGAGCGCGAAGGUGAGGUUGGAUUUUUGAACGGCAGCGGAGUUUCCGACAAUGACUAUGUUGGCAACCCAUUUCGCAUUCUCGAAAGUCGGCCGGGUUUCGUCGAUAUUCGGAAGGAGAGGCGCGAGUUUGCUAAAUGGAUCAAAGAUGGCGAUAAGUCCAGCACAAGCUGA